GGCCGCGCCUCUGUUCCUGUGGCAGUUCCUCUCGUCCACGUGCGGAGUAGGAAGCCUCUGCGCGGCCGCCAUGAAGAGACCCAAGUUAAAGAAAGCUAGUAAGCGCAUGACCUGUCACAAACGCUAUAAAAUCCAGAAAAAAGUACGAGAGCACAAUAGAAAACUCCGUAAGGAAGCCAAGAAACGGGGGCACAAAAAACCUAAGAAAGAUAUAGGAAUUCCUAAUAUGGCACCUUUUAAGGAGGACAUUCUUCGGGAAGCCGAACAAAGGAAACAAAGGCGUGAAGAACUGAAGCAACAGCAAAAACUAGAUCGACAGAAAGAACUAGAAAAGAAACGCAAACAAGAAUCUAAUAAAAAGGAUGCCAAUAAAGAAAAACAACAUGAAAAGAAAUCAACCACUACGCCCAAAGCAAACUCAGAACAACAGAUAGAUAAAAAUUCAAAGAAAUUCUUUUGCAAGGAACUUAGAAAGGUGAUUGAGGCUUCUGAUGUGGUGCUGGAAGUUUUAGAUGCAAGAGAUCCUCUCGGCUGUCGAUGCCCACAGGUGGAACAACUUGUUAGUCAGUCAGAUGAAGGGAAACCAUUGCUGCUAGUUUUAAACAAAAUUGAUCUGGUACCAAAGGAGAACUUAGAGAAAUGGUUACAUUAUUUAAAUAAUGAACUUCCAACUAUUGCAUUUAAAUCUGCAAUGCAGCUAAAAGAUAAAACUGUGCGGGCAAAGAAAGUCACUAAAAGAGGUUCUGCAUAUCUUGAUCUGUCAAGAGCCAGCUUGUGCUUUGGGGGUGAAUGCCUAUUAAAACUUCUUCAAGAACAUAGUGUGAUAAAAGACAAGGUUAUACAGGUUGGUGUAGUAGGUUUUCCCAAUGUGGGGAAAAGCAGCAUUGUCAAUAGUUUGAAAGAAAUGCGUGCCUGCAACGUGGGACCAGUGAGAGGCCUUACAAAAUGCAUGCAAAUUGUUCAUGUCGACAAACAAAUCACGAUGUUAGAUUGUCCUAGCAUUAUUGUAGCACCUUCCAGUUCUGCUCUUGCGCUGGCACUGAAAAGUACAACAGAUGUCGAUUCUGGAAAUGUACUUGAUUCAGUAGAUGCCAUUCUGAAGCACUGCAGCAAACAGCAGAUCAUGAUGUACUACAAUAUUCCAGAUUAUAGAAACUCUUUGGAGUUUUUAACAUUACUAGCUCAGAAGAGAGGAAUGCUGAAAAAGGGGGGUGUUCCUGACACAGAAGGUGCAGCUAAAUUACUGCUGCGUGACUGGACAGGUGCCAAAGUGAAUUAUUAUUCACAACUCCCUGCAUCAUGGAUCCCGUCACCACAUCUUUCCAGUGAAGCUUUAGCAACAGUGCAACAGGGUUUUAAUUUGGAGGAUCUGGAAGAAGAUAACAAAAGCACCAUGAAAGCUAGCAAAUUCCCUAAUCGGGCAAGCAGCAUUGUGUUUCAAUCUCCUGGCUUCACUGAUGGUAUUAUAGACGAUACUGAAUUGCCAGAGGAAGUAUUGGGGAAAAAGAGCAUAGAAGUAAUUGAAGAUGCUGAGGAAUUAUCUGAAGAUGAGGAGGAUGAAGUGGAAAGUGAAGAGGAAAGCAACAGACUGGUGAGCACUGAAACAAUCUCUGAAGAGCUGGCAGCAGAGAAUGCAAAAUGUGGAAAGUUGCCUACAGGUAAACAACACAACAUAAAAGCUAGUGACCUGGAUGAUGCAUAUGACUUCAAUACAGAUUACAUAUAAGAAGACCAUGCAUUUUUUCAGUGUUCCAGUUUUCUAGAAUCAGCAUUUUGAACUCUAUAGGCAUUCCUGUGGAUUGUGCUUGCAAAAGCAAUGCUGGUUCUGUGUGCAUAUUGUAUAGAGUAUUACAUUUUUAUUUAGAGAAGAUUGUGUUGUUCAGAGAUUGCUGAUCAAGUCAGCCUAAACUAAACUCUGGUAAUGCUUGCUAAGUUUCCUGCAGCAGCGAGACAUGUUGUACUAUGAAAGAUGCCCAGAGGCCUGCGAUUCAUUAAUUCAGUUUCUCAACAGAAAACUUAUAUUUUCUGAGUUUGAAUCAUAAACAGUGAAAGAAGUUCUUAAGGGAAUGCAGUGCUACAAUUCCUAUGUAUUUGCACCAAAGGGAUAAUCUUUGAACAGGCCAGCAGGAAAAUGUUCAGGGAAGUCCAUGGACAAAAAGAUAGCAGGGCCAGAGUGAGAUAAUAAAUGUGUGACUAUUCACAGAACAAAUGACCAAAUGCAAAUAUAUUUUUCCACAUAAAAUUCAUAGUGAGUUUUUGAGCAGUUGUUUACACAGUUCUACAAAGCAUUCUUUUAAGGUUGAUGGGUAAAAAGCAACCAAUUUUUAAAAAUUAAUUACAAAAUACCUAAUUCUGGUAAAUCCAAACAGAAUUCACCAUUACAUUUAAAUGUAACAUAGCUGGGGAGAUUUGAAGGAAUCUUCAAGCAACACAAGGUGUCCAGAACAAAGCUUAUAUUCACAGGUUAAGUUUUAAAAAAGUGGUAGCAGCUGAAAUACAUUAAGCUGCAGUACAAGAUGUGUAGCCAUCAACCAGGGGUAGUAGUAGUGGGUCAUUAGCGGGAGCAGUUUGUGUGGUCACGUGCAUUUUAUCCCUGAAGAGUUAUUCAUGAACAAUUCAUCUAGUUCCAAAAUGGUAGUUCUUGGAGGUGCCAUCUGCUUCACUAGAACAGCAUCCAUUAUUUACAGAAAGCCAGCUCCCCUAAUCAUGUAGUUUCAAGUAUUUUAGGGUUUCUCCAUAUGAAUACAAAAUGGUGACUGUAGUAUUGCUGAUCUCACUUAGUGGGCUGGUAAAUUUCCUGAGAAUCCAAGUGUAUCAAAUCCAUUUAUUUUGUUUCAUAGAUAUCUGUGUGCCUCCGGAUCAAGUUGAAUUUGUUGGUAGGGUCAGGAAUGUACCAUUUUUCCCAAACUUCUGCAUAGGAUGUUGUCCUUCCCCAGGGUUUGAAAUGUCCAUUCCAGUGGAGUAGUUUGGCAGCUUUGACAAAUUGGGGCGAGUAUCUUUUACCAGCACUAGAACCUUUAGAAUGAAUAACAAUCAUCAGUUAAUUUCAAUUUCCACCUCUCCAAGAAUUCAUGAUACUGAGAAUAGCAAAUAACAGGGAUUUUUAAAAGUCCAUGGGUGAAUCUGUAUUUUGAUUUGCUAACUUUUGCCAAAAUAGUUUGCCAAGUUGGGCAGUUUGAUUUUCUCACUACAGUCAUGCUUCCUACUUUCUUCAGAAUGGAUGGGUAGAAUGGACUAGCAUGCAAACUCAAAAAUACAAAAGCUGUCUUGCUUGAUCAGAUCUGAAACAUUAGGUGUCAAGGAAGCUGACAAGCAGGUGUGAUAGAGAAUAUCCAUUGUUUGCCCCUAGCACCUAGUUGUCAGAGUAUAUUUAAUCUGCAUAUAAAAAUAAGAAAGAAGCCAAACUUCAGGGUAAAAACUUCAGCAGAUGAAAGAAUAAAGCAUAGGAUCUAGUGUAGCCUCCACUGAGGUAUAUCUAGGGUUUUUUUCCCCUAUGCCUUCUGAUAGCUUAAAGUAAAAAGCUGCACAAGAGCUUAAAGUACACAUCCUUUGAAAGUAAGAUCUAGCUCACAUAAUUGAUCAGAGACGGAACUCCCACAAAGUGAGAGUGGGUUGGACUAGAUGACUCUAGAGGUACCUUCCAACCCUAUAAGCGUAAGAUGUAUCAGCACCCCUGCCACUCAUUCUAAUGACCUUUGAUCAAAUCAUUUUAUUUCCAGACUGAUUGUAAUGGGUUUUGUAUACAGCAACACUGAUCAGAAAUGAAAAAAUCAGUGCUUGGUCUUGCAGUAGCUUUUAUGCAAAUGUAACUAUGUUAAAUAAAACUUCUUCCUGCAUGACAGGAUCCAACCCCAUA